AGGUUCCGUCCGUGCCUGUUUACUAACGAUGUCAAGGUAUUGACCUUGCUCGACAAUGCCCGUCGGUGAAACGCCGUGAACGCGACGCAUUUCGUGCGAACGCGUCGGCGACGGAACGGGACAGGAACGGAUCGCCGCCACCGCCACCGCCACCAUCACCACCACCACCACCUUCCGAAGAUCGAGCCCAGCAGACGACGCGGUGCAGAUUUGUCAACGUGCAAAUAUGGCGUCCGCAACGUCGUAGUGCCUAACCACCUAACCACGAGGUAUCCGAUUGAUCUUGUAAAGCGAAAUAUAAGUGUCGUUUCGUUACGAAGGGGACGGAGAGAAUAGUUCUAGUUGGCGAGAGAUAGUCGGAAGAUCGUCACUCCGACAUUCGCUUGCGCAUCUCCGUAUGUGUAGUAUGUGUACUGGCGUACAUUGAGGAAGGGUACCUUUACUGAUGGAUGACGACACGAUCGCCUUCGGGGAGGAGGAGGAGGUCGCCCAGAAUGCCAACAAGCUUAAACACCCGUACGUUACGCUGUUUCACUUGGCCUUCAGGAUAGCGGCUAUAAUAGUUUACUUGCUUUGUGGUUUAUUUUCCAAUAGUUUUAUAGCGAGCUUUGUAACAGUGGUACUACUUUUGUCGAUGGAUUUUUGGACUGUUAAAAAUAUUACGGGAAGAUUAAUGGUCGGCCUUAGAUGGUGGAAUUAUGUGGAUGACGAUGGCAAAAGUCAUUGGAUUUUUGAAUCUAAAAAGGGUGCACAACAGAACCGCAUUAAUGCAACAGAAGCGCGAAUCUUUUGGUUGGCCCUGAUCUUGUGCCCACUUUUUUGGUCGAUGCUGUUCAUUGCCGCAUUAUUUAGUUUUAAAUUCAAAUGGCUUUUGCUCGUUUGCAUUGCCAUAGUUUUAAAUGGCGCAAAUCUAUAUGGCUAUGUUAAAUGUAAAAUGGGAAAUAAUCAGAACAUUUCAACGGCCACAAGUGAUUUCUUCAGGAAACAAGUUUUACAAAAUGUUACUUCGAUAAUGACCAGGAGCCCACCAACGAAUAAUUCCAAUCAACCAACUAGUGUAAUAUAAAUUUAUAAAUUUUGAAACAUUAAUGUAUGUGUGCGUGUGUCAUUUAAAAUUUAUAUUCACAUGAUAAUUUAAUAUUUGCAAAUAUUUGUAUAUAAUGUUAGACGGUACCUUUUAAGUAUUAUAUAAUAAAUCGUUAUCA